AGUGCCAUACUUUUCAUUUUCUUCUCCGUCCCUAUAAACAUGGCCAGUUUUGUCUCCAAAUUUUUCUCAACAAACGCCCAUCCACCCAACAAACAAGACCCUCCUCUCUCUCUCUCUCCUCUCUCAUCUUUCUCUCUCUCUGUUUACAGUCUUCAAAUGCCAACUAUUUUGCCAAGGAUCUUCCUUAUUUACAACCUCCUAAACUCAUUCUUCCGUUUUUUGGUGCCCAAAAAGCUAAUUCCCUUCUUACCAUCUUCUUGGUUCUCUCACCAACUACCAUCUCCGCCUUCAUCACCGCCUUCCUCUCGUUCCCACCAGAGAAGAAUGAGCCAAACCGAGCUGAACCGGGUCUUCCAAAUGUUCGACCGGAACGGCGACGGACACAUCACGAAGAAGGAGCUAGGCGAUUCCUUAGAGAAUUUAGGCAUCUUCAUCCCGGAUAAGGAGCUCUCCCAGAUGAUCGACAAAAUCGACGCCGACGGCGACGGCUGCGUCGACAUAAGCGAGUUCGGAGAGCUCUACCGAUCCAUUAUGGACGAGCGCAACGAGGAGAGGGACAUGAAGGAGGCCUUCGACGUGUUUGAUCAGAACGGAGAUGGAUUCAUCACCGUCGAUGAGCUGAGAUCAGUGUUGGCUUCGCUCGGUCUUAAGCAAGGACGGACCGUAGAGGAUUGCAAGAGGAUGAUCAUGAAGGUGGAUGUGGAUGGUGAUGGGAUGGUCAAUUACAAGGAGUUUAGGGAGAUGAUGAAGGGAGGUGGGUUUAGUGCGUUGAGUUAGAAGAAACACAUUUUAUUAUUUAUUAUUUAUUAUUGUUUUGUUUGUUUGUUUGUUGUUCGCUUCUUGGUGGCUUAAUUUUGAGGGUCUUAUUGGUAAUCAAUCUUUGUGUAAAUAUUUUUGGAGGACAAAACUGCUAAGCAGACCAAGGAUGUUAAGAAAAUAUGAAGUUUUUUUUUU